CUCAUCGGAAGAAAAAAUAUUUUUUUUUGAUUUAAUUUUGUAUUUAUAUGAGGUGAUGCGUGUUUACUAAACUUACUGUGAUAAUCAUUUAAUGAUAUAUGAAACUCUGGGGGCAACUAAGUGGGGUAGGCUCGGCUAUAUGCCUCGACGAGGCACUGGUGUGGCUCUGAGGCUCCACCAGCUCAUGAUUUCUAUGGAAUCCAGCAACAGGGAAGACAGAAUGGAGGAGAUAUGGGACUGACGGUGCUGGUCCCCUGACCUCCAAGAAUGGGUGCUCCAGCCUGCUGGGAACAGGACUUCUAAAAUGACAAAUAUGUCUGGAAGGCUGUGGUCCAAGGCCAUUUUUGCUGACUAUAAGCAGGGUCUAUGGAACCAGAGGGAGCACACAGCUCUCCUGAAAAUUGAUGGUGUAUAUGCUCGAGAUGAAACUGAUUUCUAUCUAGGCAAGAGAUGUGCUUAUAUGUACAAAGCAAAGAACAACACAGUAACUCCUGGUGGAAAAUCUAAAACCAGAGUAAUCUGGGGAAAGAUAACUCGCACUCCUGGAAACAGUGGCAUGGUUUGUGCCAAAUUUGGAAGCAACCUUCCUGCUAACGCCACUGGACACAGAAUCCGUGUGAUGCUGUACCCUUCAAGGAUUUAAACUUAUUGAAAAGUAGAUAAAACUGUGGAUUUGUU